AUGGACAAAGUAAAGUUUAAUAUGCUUCUGGUUAUCGCCAUGGUGGUUGUAUCCGGGGAAUUCCAUGGUUCUAUGGCUAAAGAACAUACGGUUGGUGAUGAAUUCGGGUGGGCUAAGCCGCCAAGUGAAAGCUUCUACAGAUGGUGGGCAGGACAUGAAACCUUCAGAAUCAAUGAUGUACUAGUGUUUAACUUUACUAAUGGUGCUCAUACUGUCGCGGAAGUGGCGAAUAGAGCAUAUGAUGAUUGUGAUGACUCUAACCCGAUCUCGAUUCACCAACACAGUCCUGUUAGGCUUACCAUCCAAGGAGACUCCUACUAUAUUUCCACUAAAGGAUCUGAUUGCAAGAUGGGUAUGAAAUUAUCUAUCACGGUUGUGUCUGCCGAGUCUAACAUCUCGUCUCCGGCACCAACUCAUUAA